GGCUCACUCCAUCCUCCCGCCUCAACCUGCCAAGUAGCUGGGACCAGAGGCGGGCUCCAGCGUACCCAGCUCCUACUGUGUCCUAUUCACCUACUCAUCGUUAGAUGUGCGCUUGGAUUUCUCCUACCUUUUGGAUAUGGCGGAUAGUGCUACUAUGAGCUUUGGUGUCAGAAUGGAAGCAAGGAAAGGAAAUCGGCUGACCCAGGAGCCCGAGUGAGACCCGCAGACUUGCAGACACAACCUACACCAUGAACUUGAGUCCACCUUCUAUGUGUUGAGAGCCAAGGGCAGGUGAAGUUGCCAGAGAGCAAUGGCUCUUUUUACUCCCUGGAAGUUGUCCUCUCAGAAGCUGGGCUUUUUCCUGGUGACUUUUGGCUUCAUUUGGGGUAUGAUGCUUCUGCAUUUUACCAUCCAACAGCGAACUCAGCCUGAAAGCAGCUCUGUGCUGCGGGAGCAAAUCCUGGACCUCAGCAAAAGGUACAUCAAGGCACUGGCAGAAGAAAACAGGAAUGUGGUAGAUGGACCAUACGCUGGUGUCAUGACAGCUUAUGACCUGAAGAAAACUCUUGCUGUAUUAUUGGACAACAUUUUGCAGCGUAUUGGCAAGCUAGAGUCGAAGGUGGACAAUCUCGUUAUCAAUGGCACAGGAACAAACUCGACCAACUCCACCACAGCUGUUCCCAGCUUGGUAGCCCUUGAGAAAAUUAAUGUAGCAGAUAUCAUUAAUGGAGCUCAAGAAAAAUGUGUAUUGCCUCCUAUGGAUGGCUACCCCCACUGCGAGGGGAAGAUCAAGUGGAUGAAAGAUAUGUGGCGCUCGGAUCCCUGCUACGCAGACUAUGGAGUGGAUGGGUCCACCUGCUCUUUUUUUAUUUACCUCAGUGAG